AUGGGAUGUGACGGAGGAACAAUCCCCAAACGACACGAGUUGGUUAAAGGACCAAAGAAAGUAGAGAAGGUUGACAGAAAUGCGGAACUUGUUGCAAAGUGGACAUACUGUGCUCUGAGUCAAGAGAAGCUCAAGCGCCCGAUUGUGACUUGUGAACUGGGAAGGCUUUACAACAAGGAUGCCGUCAUUGAAUACCUCUUGGACAAGUCUGCGGAGCGACCAAACUCUGAGGCAGUUACACACAUCCGAGGCACAAGGGACAUUAAAGAGCUGAACCUGACUGAUAAUCCAGAGUGGGAAGGCGAGAGGAGAAACACAAAGGGGGACAAGUAUGAGGACAUUCACUGCGGCAUGUUCAUUUGCCCCGUGGUCGGACUGGAGAUGAACGGCAAACACAGAUUCUGCUACCUUCAGACUUGUGGAUGUGUGUUUUCUGACCGCGCGCUCAAAGAAGUCAAGACGGAGAUUUGCCACAAGUGUGGAGAGCCCUUCAAAGCUGAGGACCUUGUGGUUCUCAACGGCACAAAGGAGGAGGUGGACAAGCUGAGGCAGAACAUGGAAGAGAAGCGUGCAAAGGCUAAAACUAAAAAAUCCAAAAAGACUAAAGCAGCAGAAACCGUGGCUGCACCACUGGAAUCUAACGAUGAAACGAGCUCAACAAAAGCAGGAAGUAUUGUCGAGAAUGGAAAUGUUACAGGCAGUGAUUCAGAUGUUGCCGGCCCCAGCUCCUCCAAAAGCAGCAGCAGCAGCGGUAGCGGUGCUUCUAAGCGCUCCGUUCAGAAAAUGCAGGACAAAUCCGAGGCCUUCAAAUCCUUGUUCACCAGCCACAGCUCGGCCAAACGCACCAAAGACCAGAUGUCAAACUGGGUCACGCACACCCCCUAUCACUUCUAA